CAGAGCCGGGUUCGCCGUCGGCUCAACUCCAGGAGCAAGCAGCGGGCGCGGACCAGAGCGGCCAGUUCCCCGGGGGCGGGCCGGGCAGUUGCCGAGCUCAGCAGCGGCGGCUCGCGGCCAUGGGCGGCUCAGCCUCCAGCCAGCUGGAUGAGGGCAAGUGCGCUUACAUCCGAGGGAAAACUGAGGCUGCCAUCAAAAACUUCAGUCCCUACUACAGUCGUCAGUACUCUGUGGCUUUCUGUAAUCACGUGCGCAGUGAAGUAGAACAGCAAAGAGAUUUAACGUCACAGUUUUUGAAGACCAAGCCACCAUUGACGCCUGGAACUAUUUUGUAUGAAGCAGAGCUAUCACAAUUUUCUGAAGACAUAAAGAAGUGGAAGGAGAGAUACGUUGUAGUUAAAAAUGAUUAUGCUGUGGAGAGCUAUGAGAAUAAAGAGGCCUAUCAGAGAGGAGCUGCUCCUAAAAGCCGAAUUCUUCCAGCUGGUGGCAAGGUGUUAACCUCAGAAGAUGAAUAUAAUCUGUUGUCUGAUAGGCAUUUCCCAGACCCUCUUGCCUCCGGUGAGAAGGAAAACGCUCAGCCCUUCGUGGUCCUGCCCAAGGAAUUCCCAGUGUACCUGUGGCAACCCUUCCUCAGACACGGCUACUUCUGCUUCCACGAGGCUGCUGACCAGAAGAGGUUUAGUGCCCUCCUGAGUGACUGCAUCAGGCAUCUCAAUCAUGAUUACAUGAAGCAGAUGACAUUUGAAGCCCAAGCCUUUUUAGAAGCUGUGCAAUUCUUCCGACAGGAGAAAGGUCACUAUGGUUCCUGGGAAAUGAUCACUGGGGAUGAAAUCCAGAUCCUGAGUAACCUGGUGAUGGAGGAGCUCCUGCCCACUCUUCAGACAGACCUGCUGCCUAAGAUGAAGGGGAAGAAGAAUGACAGAAAGAGGACGUGGCUUGGUCUCCUCGAGGAGGCCUACACCCUGGUUCAGAAUCAAGUUUCGGAAGGAUUAAGUGCCUUGAAGGAGGAAUGCAGAGCUCUGACAAAGGGCCUGGAAGGAACGAUCCGUUCCGACAUGGAUCAGAUUGUGAACUCAAAGAACUAUUUAAUUGGAAAGAUCAAAGCGAUGGUGGCCCAGCCGGCGGAGAAAAGCUGUGUGGAGAGUGUGCAGCCAUUCCUGGCGUCCAUCCUGGAGGAGCUCAUGGGACCAGUGAGCUCGGGAUUCAGUGAAGUACGUGCACUCUUUGAGAAAGAGGUGGAUGAACUCAGCCAGAACUUCCAGAACACCAAAGACAGUGUCCAGCUGAAGGAGCAUCUAGACCGGCUUAUGAAUCUUCCGCUGCAUUCCGUGAAGAUGGAACCUUGUUAUACUAAAGUCAACCUGCUUCACGAGCGCCUGCAGGAUCUCAAGAGCCGCUUCAGAUUCCCCCACGUGGAUCUGGUGGUUCAGAGGACACAGAACUACAUGCAGGAGCUAAUGGAGAAUGCAGUGUUCACUUUUGAGCAGUUGCUUUCCCCACAUCUCCAAGGAGAGGCCUCCAAAAUUGCAGUUGCUAUUGAGAAGGUUAAGCUCCGAGUCUUAAAGCAAUAUGAUUAUGACAGCAGCACCAUCCGAAAGAAGAUAUUUCAAGAGGCACUAGUUCAAAUCACACUUCCCACCGUGCAGAAGGCACUGGCGUCCACAUGCAAACCAGAGCUUCAGAAAUAUGAGCAGUUCAUCUUUGCAGAUCAUACCAAUAUGAUUCACGUUGAAAAUGUCUAUGAGGAGAUUUUACAUCAGAUCCUGCUUGAUGAAACUCUGAAAGUGAUAAAGGAAGCCGCUAUCCUGAAGAAACACAACUUAUUUGAAGAUAACAUGGCCUUGCCCAGUGAAAGUGUGUCCAGCUUAACAGAUCUAAAGCCCCUCAUAGGGUCAAACCAGGCCAGCCCUGCCAGGAGAGCUUCUGCCAUUCUGCCAGGAGUUCCGGGUAGUGAGACCCUCAGUAACGAAGUAUUCCAGGAGUCGGAGGAAGAGAAGCAGCCUGAGGUCCCUAGCUCAUUGGCCAAAGGAGAAAGCCUUUCUCUCCCUGGGCCAAGCCUACCCCCGGGUGGGACUGAGCAAGUGAUUAUUUCAAGAGUGGAUGACCUCGUGGUGAGUCCUGUGGCGGCAGAGGACACGGCAGGACUCCCGGGCACACGUUCAUCAGAGCUGGAGCUUGGAGGGCCCCUUGAGGGUGAAGAACCCGCCCAGGAAGAGCCAGAACCCAUCACUGCCUCAGGUUCUUUGAAGGAGCUCAGAAAGUUGCUGACAGCGUCUGUGGAAGUAUCAGUGGACUCUGCUCCAGCGAUAGAAGAAGAUACAAACGGGGAGAGUCACAUUCCCCAAGAAAAUGAAGAAGAAGAGGAAAAAGAGCCCAGUCAGGCAGCUGCCACCCAUCUGGACAACUGUGAAGGAAGUGAAGUCAGUGAGAGGGAGGCCCAGCCUCCCUGUCCCGAGGCCCGUGGGGAGGAGUUGGGGGGAUUUCCAGAGGUAGGCAGCCCAGCCUCUCCACAAGCCAGUGGAGGCCUCACCGAGGAGCCCCUGGGGCCCAUGGAGGGGGAGCUCCCAGGAGAGGCCUGCACACUCGCUGCCCAUGAAGGAAGAGGAGGCAAGGGCACCGAGGACGGGGAGGCCUCACAGCAAGAGGGCUGCCCUUUAGGUUCUGACCCCGUCUGCCUCAGUGAGAGCCAGGUUUCUGAGGAACAGGAAGAGAUGGGAGGGCAAAGCAGCGUGGCCCAGGUCACAGCCAGUGUGAAUGCAGAGGAGAUCAAGGUAGCCCAUGUUCAUGAGUGUCAGUGGGUGGUGGAGGAUGCUGCAAACACGGAUGUCCUGCUGUCACACAAAGAUGAUGUGAAGGAAGGAGAAGGUGCUCAGGAGAGUUCCCCAGAGCUGCCCUCAGAGGAGUGAAAGGGACAAUUUGGCUAAAGUCUUUCUCUGAACAAAGCCAAAGGGUUUUAGGGGUACACUUAGGGGUUGCAUGUAAGCUGUUACCAAAAAAUGUUUAAGUAUUUUCUGAAUUUGAAUAAUAAAACCAGAGGAAAUGCACACAGGGCAUGAGCAACUGAGGCAAACCUUUGUGGAAAUGAAUUGUUCUACCAUGAAUUUUUGCUUUAGUAUUUUAAUAAGAAUUACAAAGGCAAUGGCGUACUUGGGGUGAGAGGGAGCUGAGGAUGUCUGAGGAGGGAAUAGUAUUGCAGGGAAGACGGAGAAAACAGUAGAAUGACAGUUUUGAAUAUACUCUUUACUUUUCAGUGAUACAAUCUUCUUAUGCACUUUAAGGCUUUUUAAUUUUGUUUGAGAAUGUAAAUGUAUACUGUAAGUCUAGCUUUACUAUCUACUAUGCCUACUUCACCAUCUCUUAAGGACUCAGCAUUUGUUCACAGUCAGGCUGCAAGAGAGGGUAGAUCAUGAACAGUCACCCCUGCUGGCUGUAGCCCCACAGAGGCAAUCACGCCCAAUAGGUUCAGGAGAAGCUAAGCGGAAAUGGAGGGCGGAAGGUGUGAUCUGUGGGACUGUCUGGGCCUGUUACCCAUCCUGCUAUCGAUUUCUUAUUAAUUAAUCUUGAUGAUUCUUAUUAAUUAAUCACAUUUUCAGGAAAUUCAGAUGAGGCAAGAAAAUUUUAUCGGCCUGGGUAAGCCUGAAAGCAUUCCAAAUUAGGCUUAGACUGUGCAAAGGGCUUAGCUAAGUUAUCGAGCUUAAAGCCCAUCAAUUAAACAAAUAUUAUUUGAACAGUUACUGCAUGCCAUGCACUGUGUUGGACUUAGUAAUAAAAAAAAAAAAAAGAAAAGAUAAGGUGCUCGUUCUAGCAUAAAUUAAAAGGUCCAAGGGGAUUUAAUCUGGAAGAAAACAUAUGCCAAUUUUCAAACUAUGACAGCGUUUUUUUUUUUUCUCUUUCCAUUGAAACAGUCCUAGUUCAUUCCCAGAAAAAAUAUGCCAAUUUUCAAACUAUGACAGCAUUUUUUCUUCUCUUUCCAUUGAAACAGUCCUAGUUCAUUCCCAGAAGGGCACAAAAUGAAUGAAUAAAUAAAGACAAAAGCCAAGAUGUAUGCCCUCAAGUUCCAAAGAUGUUACCAAAAGCUGAAAUCAUUAGUUUGGUCAUUCAGCAAGCUAACUGAGUCUCUGUUAUAUACCAAGCACUGGAGAUACCAUGUUGAAAAAUAACUUUGUUCCUUCCUCUUAGAACUUACAUUUUAAUGGAAAUAGACAAAACACAUCUUCUUAUCGGAUGGUGACCUAUAACCAUUAAUGUUGAAAGUGGAAGAGACUUACUUCCAAAACAUUAAAAGGAGUUGUCUUUUCUCCUUCAGAAAAAUACCAGAUCAUUUCUUAAAAUCUCCAGUCCCAGGUAUUACAUCUUGGUUUCCCUCCCCCACUUUUUUUUUUAUUUUAUUUUAUUUUAUUUUAUUUUAUUUUAUUUGAGAUGGAGUGUUACUCUGUCGCUGAGGCUGCAGUGCGGUGGUGUGAUCUCGGCUCACUGCAACCUCUGCCUUCUGGAUUCAGGAGAUUCUCCUCUCUCAGCCUCCCAAAUAGCUGGAAUUACAGCCGUGUGGCACCACUCCCGGCUAAUUUUUGUAUUUUUGGUAGAGAUGGGUUUUCACCAUGUUGGCCAGGCUGGUCUCAAACUCCUGACUCCAAGUGAUCCACGCAUCUCGACCUUCCAAAGUGCUGAGAUUACAGGUGUGAGCUACCUGGCCCCUCCCCAAAUUUUAAUAUCAGAUCUCAACAUAUUUGUUGAGAACUUGUUUAGAUCAUCACUAUUAAGUAAAUUUAUAUCAGUUCUUUAGAGCAUUUGCUUCACACACAGUUCAACCAUUUAACCAGAAAUUAAAAUAUCACCCUCUUCAGCCCUCCCAUGAAGAAUUUCUAGGUCAUAAACAUGAAUAAUAAUCAGUAUCUGUAUAAUAUCAUAUUUAAUUGUUGCAACUUUUCUUGGAGUGUUUACAUCCUCAUGUCUUUGAGGGAUCCCACCAUAGGUGAAGAAAGUAAAGGCCACUUCUCCCCCAGUCUCUGCUUUCCUCGGUGCUCACUCAUAUCCUGGCAUUUAGCAUGGUGUGUUGAAAUUAGGUUUACUUCCUGUCUCUCCAAGAGGCUCCUCUCUUAAAGGACAGAAACUAGGAUUUAGUCAUCAUCUGUGCUUCCUGCUGGAAACCCACAGCCUUGAAUAAUGGCUUCCUGCCUCCUUGAGUCACUUUAAUAUCCCUGGUGCAGAGGACCUGGCAAGCAUCAGGCUGCUCGGGAAAUGUGGGAACUGGACACCCAGAACACUGCUGUGCUGGGGCUAUUGGGGCCUGCUGUUAGGCAGAGAGACGUUUUGAACUGGGCUUUCUGCCCUUGUUGAGUUUUCUCUUAAGUAAAGUCCAAAGUCCAAGGGGCAGAUGGCCAGAUGCACUGCCCAGUAAGGCAGGAAGCCAAAGAGGCAGUGCCCAGCCCCACAAAGACUGCCCGACUCCCUGAGACGGUAGUGUGGAGUCCCAGCCCAGGCGGACCUCACACCGGAGCUUCCUGGCUUCCUUUCUUUGCUGCAUGCAGGGCUUCUUGCACCCCCUGGAAAGCUAAGAGAUUUUUUUCAACCCUAAAAGAGAGUACAUUUCACUGCAUUGGAUGGAUGAACAUUAAUGCCCUAAAUUAUUCAUCAUGUAGGUUAGGGAGGACUGGGCACUAUUUGGCAGGAUGUACUCCAGAAUAUAAUCAAAGAAUUUUCUGUACAUAUUUCACUAAAGACAAGUUAUUGGGCUGGAUGCGGUAGCUUACACCUAUAAUCCCAGCACUUUGGGAGGCUGAGGUGGGGGCGUCACUUGAGCCCAGGAGUUCUAGACAAGCCUGGGCAACAUAGCAAGAUCUCAUCCUUACAGAAAAUAAUAAUGGUGUGUGCCUGCAGUUCUAGCUACUUGGGUGGUUGAGGCAGGAUUGUUCGAGUGAGGGAAGUUGAGGCUGCAGUGACUAUGAUUGUACCACUGCACUCCAGCUUGGGCAACAAAAUGAGACCCUGUCUCAAAAAAAAAAAAAAAAAAAAAGUUUUCUAGAAUAAGUAGGAUAAUUGUUAAAUUUGAAGAUGGAACAGGAAACUAGAGUGCAUUUAAAAUACUCUGUCUUCAUUUUAACAAGAUGAAUGGAAUAACUUCAUAUCACUAUGAGUUUGUUUUGCUUUUCAUACAGACUUGUAUGUGUCAUUUCAGUGGUUUCCAGAUUGGAGCAAGGUUAUUCUGAUCUAAAUGAACAGCAUGAAAAGCCUCUGUGUGCCACUCUGGGGAUCUCUCCUAUGGGCAAAGCCAUUAGAAAUGCAUAAAACCUCGAGACAUGGUUUUUGGCAAAAACUCCAUGACUUUAAACUAGUUCUUUUACUACUGACCUUUCACAAAGAAAAAAUAUUUUCCUUGAAAAAAAUUGGGUUUGUCAUUUUUUCCCUUGUAGCUUUGAGCAGAGACACAAGUGCCUUGCAUUACACAUAGUAAACUUUUUUUUUUUGCAUUACACAUAGUAAUCUUUUCCAAAAAGAUUUUGCAGACUACCAGGGUAAGAUUCCAACUUGUACAAAAGCUUUCUGGCUUUACAUUUUUUAUUAUAAAAAUUCUCAACUCUGGUUUUGUAGUCUUCUAUAUCGGAGCUAGUGAUUUCAAAAGGUUUCACAAUUCCCCAAGACAAAAGUGAUUUUUGUUCAUUAUAAUAAGGUUAAGUGAUAUGUGAUUCAUAGCAAUUUUGAUGUGGAGAAGGGAAGGGCAUCACUGACUUAAUAAUAAUAGUUUCACUCGGUGCAACAGUUGGCAACAUGUGCCUUCACACUUUACCAUAAAGAGAUGGGUUUGAGGGUUUGCCUUCUAAAGUCUGCAACUUCAAGAAAAAAAAUCGACACCGUGGAUUGACUUUUCUGGUCACUAUAUAAAGCAAAUAAACUUAAAACACUUUGUAACCAUGUAUUUACUCUGCCAAGUGCCUAUAUUCCAAUAAAAUGUUCAUCCUUGAA